UUUAACUCAUUAAAUUAUUUGUGGAGAACCCACUUUUUGAAAUAUGUAUUCAAAAGCACUGAAGUGAUCAACAUUAUUCAUCAACUCGUUGGUGCACUUUUGGUGGGACAGUUUCUGUUGGUUUAGUAUGGUGCCUCCACCGCCCACCAACAAGCCCCAUGUCUGCCUGUCGACCAUCUUGAUAAUGUGGAGUAUGGCGUUGAUGGACGCCUACCUUGUGGAACAGAACCAGGGACCCCGGAAGAUCGGCGUGUGCAUCAUGGUUCUGGUUGGUGACAUAUGCUUCCUCAUCGUGCUGCGCUACGUGGCCGUGUGGGUGGGCUCAGAGGUUCACACCGCAAAGCGUGGUUAUGCCAUGAUCCUCUGGUUCUUCUACGUCUUUGUGCUGGAGAUCAAGGUCUACUUUGUCUACCAGAACUACAAAGCUGAGGAUGGGAGAGGCACGGUUGACGGGAUAGGGGCAGAUGCCGGGGUCAUGAGAAAGGCCCUCACCUUACUCCUGUCCAUCUGUAUACCGGUAGUUUUCAUCACCUUGGCUGCCACAGAUCACAUGGAGUACGUGCGGCCGCACAAGAAGAAGGAGGAGAUCAGGAGCCGUCUUUUCUGGGUGGUGGUUGACCUGCUUGAUGUUUUGGACAUGCAGGCUAACCUGUGGGAGCCUCAGAGGAAAGGCCUCCCCUUAUGGGUGGAGGGACUGAUGUUCUUUUACUGCUACAUUCUUCUGUUGGUGCUGCCAUGUGUGUCGCUAAGUGAGAUUAGCAUGCAGGGUGUAAACAUUGUGCCCCACAAGAUGAUGCUCUACCCAAUUAUCAGUCUUGUGACCAUAAAUGUCAUAACAAUCUUUAUUCGUGGUGGGAACAUGUUUUUUUACAGGGACACCAGGGUGUCUGGGAUACUAAUAGGUAAAAAUGUAAUUGCCAUCAUCCUGAAGACUUGCAGCUUUGUACAGUACAGGAGACAGAUGCAUGAAGCCCCUAAACCACUUCUCGGGAUAGAUAUGCAAAAGAAUUCCAUUCCCAUUGCACCAACGGUGCCCAUAUCAGUGCCCAUGUCUAUGCCCAUGCCACCUCAGGUAAUCAUUGAGGACUUUACAACUUUACCAGAGGAGACAGAUUGUGACAGAAGUGACAGAGAAUGUGACCAAACGUGAGCAUUGAGCUGGUGCCCCACAUGGUAGUAAUAUAGUUGGAUAAAGGGUUCUGUGAUGGAAACCCCCCAAAAUAUAAAGAAAACAGAACAGCUAAAUAUAUAUUUUUAAACUGUUGUGAAGAAUAUUGUGAUUUCUUUAAUUUUGGAGACGGUUAUUAUAGUGUUUUUUUGUGGAUAU